CUCCAUCUUUGAAAGACAGCCACGUCUGGAUGGUAGCAUGCGCCGUGUCUCUUAACUCGCCAUUCUCAUCCCUUAUUAUUGCCAUCACUCCACCUCACCGUUCCUUGUUGGUCUCGCUUGCAUUUCUCAUCCCUAGCACUCCUCUUGUCCUUGCCGCCUCUCAGAACGCUAAGCCCCUUCCUCUACUCUAUUUGCACGGGCAGAUAAUUCCCAAUCAAAUCAUAUCGAUGAACUAGGAUGAUUGACAUCCAAGCUGAACUUUUGAAGGAAUUAGAUCAGGUGGCAACCUGCUCUUGCAACAGCUCAUAAGCUCAACCAUUGCUUAAACUUCCAUUAGAUGGAUCGGCGCGAUACUUCAGGAUUUGUCAGUGGGGGUGAAUCAUACUCAUGUAGACUCAUCUAACCCUAACUUUGUAGAGAGAAGUAUAUAUUUAUAUUGUUAUUCACCCGGAACUCAGGCAGGCUUUUCUGUUUAAAUUGGUUAGACUUAGGUAUUAGUAUUGCUAUUGAUUUAUGGACAGGAGGUUCCAGAACUUGGGAUUCACUGCUAAUCAUUCUGUUAAUGCAUUCAACAUUUUGGGCAACUCUAUGCAAGUUGAUGGAUUUGGAGUGGACUAUGGCACAGAUACCAUCCUACGACUUGAUUCCCCUUGUUCUUCAGUUCCCUAUAUGUCCUCUAAGGGAACAAAAAGGAAGUGGGAUUUAGUGGAUAGAUGCAGGGGCCAGAGAAUUGGCUCUUCUUUGUCUCUUGGGCUUGGGCGUUCAACAAGUUCCUCAGACAGCAAGGGAAGUUCAGCUACCGCUUGCACUGCCAUGUCUUCAGCUAAAGAAAUUGAUGAGGAAUCCUCUAUGGAUAUUGAACUGGACUUUACUCUUCAUCUUGGUUCUGAAAAGGUACAGAGUCAGAAAAAACCUGCUGCUACAAAUUUGAAGACCUUGCAAUUGCAGCCCAAGGUUGAUUUGGAGUUGAGCCUUUCCACUGGGCCUCCGAGUCUGACAUACAAGUGUUCAUCCAAGUCCCUCACCUCUUCCAUUGAGUAUGGAGAUCCAUUAGCAUUAAGUGGGGCACAAAAUGCAGAUGAGGGAUCGUCUUGCAGUUGGAAGGAAGGUACUGCUUUGCCAUCAUCAAAAACUUCCUUUAAUACAGGCACUAGCUUCCUUCAACCCAUGCUUCGGAGAAUUUCAACCAUAAUCCCUGUUUUGGACCUCCCAUCAAAUACACCAAAAAGUUCAGUCACCUGUGCUUCCGGGGUAACACAGCAGCAACAGCUGCAUCAUCGAAGCAGUAGUUCUAAGACAUGUCAAGUUGAGGGAUGUGGAAAAGGAGCCAGGGGUUGCUUCGGACGUUGUAUAUCCCAUGGUGGGGGUAGGAGGUGUCAGAAACCUGGUUGCCACAAAGGAGCUGAGGGUCGGACUGUGUAUUGCAAGGCCCAUGGGGGUGGCAGGAGAUGUGAAUUCCUUGGUUGCACUAAAAGUGCAGAAGGGCGUACUGAUUUCUGUAUUGCUCAUGGUGGUGGUCGGAGAUGCAGUCAUGAGGGUUGUGCUCGAGCUGCCAGAGGAAAAUCAGGACUGUGUAUUCGGCAUGGUGGUGGCAAAAGAUGUCAGAGAGAAAAUUGCACCAAGAGUGCAGAAGGACUGUCAGGUCUUUGCAUUUCUCAUGGUGGAGGGCGUCGGUGCCAAGCUUCUGGAUGCACAAAGGGGGCCCAGGGCAGCACAAUGUUCUGCAAAGCACAUGGUGGGGGGAAACGGUGUACUGCACCAGGGUGCACCAAGGGUGCUGAAGGGAGCACCCCCUUUUGCAAGGGUCACGGUGGAGGAAAGCGAUGUGCAUUCCAAGGUGGUGGGAUUUGUACUAAAAGUGUGCAUGGAGGCACCAACUUCUGUGUGGCACAUGGGGGUGGAAAGAGAUGUGCUGUGCCUGAGUGCACCAAGAGUGCUAGAGGACGGACUGAUUAUUGUGUUAGACAUGGAGGAGGCAAGAGAUGCAAGUUUGAAGGGUGUGGAAAGAGUGCACAGGGCAGCACUGAUUUUUGUAAGGCACAUGGUGGGGGGAAGAGAUGCUCUUGGGGCCAUCCUGGGUCAGAAUAUGGCAACCAACCUGGUGGCCCUUGUAACUCAUUUGCAAGGGGCAAAACUGGUCUCUGUGCACUUCAUAAUGGGCUAGUGCAGGAUAAGAGGGUUCAUGGUGGUGUGUCAUUGGGAUCUGUUCAGGAUCCUCAUGUUAGUAAACCAGAUGAACAAAAGCAGGUAGUCAUUGUGGAAGACCUGGAUAUGGAUGGGAAGAAAAUGGAAACUGCUGCUGUGAGUGCUCGUGUCUCAGCUGGGGAAGGUAGCCACAUGCCAAUGUCCGUAGCUUUUCUGAAGGUAGGGUGAUGGUGGAAGUCUUAUGGCAAUGCUGGCAGGGGGUUCUGGCCCUGGGUCAACUAGCAGAAGAGGUUUGGUUUGUGAUUUAUCUGAGCCACAUAAAGCUUACGUGUUGCCACAAAGUUGGAUCUGAAGGCUUGUUAUUGCUGCUGCUGUGAUAUUGGUCUCGGAAGUGGGCAAAUUUCAUAGCGUGUAAGUUGAUGAUUGUUAGUGAUUCUAUCAUCCUUCCUGCUGAAGGAUCCAGAGUUGCUUGCCAUUCUUAUGGCGGGGACAGUUGUCAAAAUAGGAUAUUUGUUGUACUUUAAUUUGGUAUUUGCCGUUCGUUUGCUCAUCCUCUGUAAAUAUAAUAUUUGAUUAAAACGUUCAGCAGGCUGUGAAUUCUGGUCCUACCUGUAUGUUCUGUCGGUGUGCUAUGUAUUCUACAUGCAAUAAAAUCCUUUCCUAAACCCAUUUUGUU